GUAUUCGUGAUAGGUAUUUUGUUUUGUUUUUUAUUUAUGUUUUGGUUUUGGUUCGCGAAAAUUCAAAUUCCUUAUUCAGAGUAUAAAACAAUGUAACUUCGUCAUACGUUGGAUUGCCGAAUCCUAAAAUGACCGCUUCGCCAGUGGCUGAGGCACAAGACGUGUGCGCAUCAGAUCCCAACUUUGCGGUUAUAUUUGCUUUCUGCGAACGAUUCGGAGACAGUUGUGGUAUUACUAUUCCUACGUUCCAAGAGCUACAAGAAAUGUUAGAAAAGACUACAGAAGUGCCAGAUGUAUUAGUCGAUUUGCAUAUAAAGUUAUUGCGCAGAGUCAAAAAAAGUGUACAUGCAGAUAAAUGGGAAAGAGCAGUUUUAAAAUUUUGUCAAGAAUAUUCUAUACCAGAAUUUUGGGAAUUAGAAAAUUAUGGAUACAAAGGAAUUUCUGUGAAACUGAAAUUAAGAAUUUUAAAAACUCUUUUUGAAGCACAAUUUGACAAUAAUGUUAAAUUUAAGUCAGAAAUAAAUAAAUUAGAAAGUUCUACACUCCAUUCUCAACCACUUGGUUGGGAUAGAUCAGGUGUAGCAUAUUGGGUGCAAUUUGACCGAGCAUGCAAUCUUCGAGUUUACAAAGAAGAUAUUGAUGAAGAUACUUGGGAAAUCGUAGCAAAAGAUCGAAGCACUUUAGUUAAUCUUAUAAAUGAAUUAUCUGGAGCAAAAGACAACACUCUCGAUGAUGUUGAAGAUAGUAAUAGUAUUGAAACUGGUUCAGAAGGUGAUGAUGAAUUACCCUCCUCAAAUCUGAAUCCUGAAAAACAAUCUCCUAUUAUUGAAGAUAACAAAAAAGAAUGUAUUACUACAGAAUCAACUAAUGUUAAAUUAGAUAAAAAUGAAUUUGAUUCACAAGAAAAUUCUCUUAAUAAACUUAUUGGUUUCAAAAGAAAAUUGAAUGAAGAUGACGAUUCAUUUGAUAAAAUGAAUACUCCUAUUGUCGGAGAAGAAAUUGAAGAAUCUGUAAUGAUAGUGAAGGGUGAAGGUUCUGGACAGGAAUGUGAUACUGGUAAUCCUGAUGAAACAAAUACUCAAAAUGAUACAUCAAAAAAUGAAGAUGUAAAAAAACCAAAGUUAUGGAGUAUAGAAGCUAUUUGUAGUUCGUCUAAAGAAGUCAAAGAAGAAAUUGUUUCUGUUCCUAAAACUGGUUUUUUUUUUGGUGAUGAUUCUGUACCAUGUUUUAAUAAUGUUUCUAAUGGAGAAGAUUCUUGUAUCGAUGACAGUAAUCUUAAAGUUGUCCAAUCAAACCAAAAUAUUGAAGAAUGGAAAAAAAAUAAAAUAACAGUUGAAGAAUUAAAUAAAAAUACAAAACCUGAUGAAGAAUUAUGUAUAAAUAAAAAAACUAAUGAAGAAACAAAUAAAAAUGAAAAAUUGGAUGAAGUUGAUACUACUACACCGCAAAGCAUCAAAUCUUUAAAUUUAGAUGAAUUUUCAAGUAAAAAUACUUCAAAACAAUCAGUUUUUAAUAUUAAAGUCCAUGAAGAAGAAGUUCAGAUCACAGAACGGAAAGCUAAUGAAGUUUUUACAAAAUCCGAAACUAGUAUAAAACAUACAACAACAAAUGUUUAUGGUUCAACAUUAUUCGACAGUUAUAAUAAACCUCAGAUAAAUAGUAUGACAGAAAUUAUUGCACAUAAUGAAGAUAAUCAACCAAAAAUCAGUAGCAAAACAAAAAAAUAUGACAUAGAUCACAAGACUGAAUGCAAAAAAAUUGAAGUUGAUCAUACUAAUGACCAACCUACAGAUCUUACUAAUUCUUGUAUUUCCACAGAUACAAAAGUAGAACAAAAAAAUUUGAAUGUGAAAUUAGAAGAAAAUACCAAAUGCAAUAUUGAUCAACAAUUAGAAAAAAACAAUAAAGAAGAAAUAGAUCAACAAUCAACAACUAAAAUAGUUGGAGAACCUAUUAAAACCAAUGAACAUUCAUUUGAUAAUAAAAUACAAUUAAAUGAACAAUUGAUGACGAGUAAAAGCGGUCAAAGUGAUGAAGAAAAAACACUAGAUAAUAGAUAUGAAAAAUCAAACGAAUCAUUUGCAAACACAGUUGGCCAACAUGAUGACAAUAAUGAACAACCAAGUACUUAUGUAGUUGAGAAAAAUGUAUGCACAUUAGAUACAUCAUUAUCAAAUUUAACUGAUCAAAGUAUUAUAUCAGAUAAUCAAAUAUUAGAAAAUAAAUCCAUCAUUGAUGAUAAACCAGUAGAUGAUUUAGUUGAAAAAAAUGAACCAGAUAAACAAGUAUCUGAACAUAUUCAAACUAUUAAUGAUCUAGAAACUAGUACUACUUAUUCUAAUAAUGACCUUAAUCCACCUACUAAAGAUGAUAACUCAAUAAUAAGUGCAAUUGCUAGUAGUAGUAAAACACAUGAUCAAACUUUAAUAGACAAUGUCGAUCAAUGUCCUCAAAUCUCUAAACAAGUUGAUGGUAAUCAAAUUAUUAAUAAGUCUAAGAAAACAUCACAUAACAUUAGCAAUAUUAUUGACACUGAUAUGAUUGUUGUUAAUGAUAGUGUUAAAGAAAUUGAACAAUCGAUUAAUUCUAUUGAUACCGAAAUUAAACAACCAGAACAAUUUAUAGAAGAAGAAAAUGUUUUUCAAGAAAAAAGAUCAUCUGUUGUAAAUGUAGAUUGUCCAAAAGUUUUUAAUAGUAAACAUAGUUUAAAUAAUAUAUUGCAAAAAUUAGAUGAUGUUAAAGAAAUAUCGGAAUGUCCCAACUCUUCUAAUGUUGAUUUAGAAAUAGACAAAAUUGAAACGGUGAAAUCUGAGGUUGAAAUAAAAGAAGAAUUAAAUUUAAAGAGUAAGGAUAUUUCAAAAGAUCUAACUGUUUUAAAAGAAGAUAAAGUAAUAGAAAAUGAAAAAGAUAUUUCACCUAUAAUUUCAAGUAUACCAGAAAAUCAAAAAGAUGUCAUUGAUACAUUUAAUAAAGUAACAAAAAGUGAUAGGGGUUAUGAGCUAUCGACAAUUUCUACAGAGCAAUGUAAAAAAGAUGAAAUAAAACAGGGUGUUUUAAAUGUAAAUUUUGUUGAAACUAUACAAAACAAAGUUUUAAAAGAGAAGCACAAAUUAUUUAAAAUUGUAGAUGAUACUGAUACUAAUGUUCAUAAUGAAGAAAAAUUAAAUUUGGAAGAAUCGCAAAGUGCUCCAUGUAAGAAAGACAAUUUUGGGCAUGAUUCAUCUGAACUAGAUAGUACAUUAAAAAUGGAACCCUUUAUGGAGAUUAAUGAAGAUGCUGUUGAAAUUUUACAUGGUGAUAAAAAUGUCAAUGAAUCAAUUAAAAUUAAUAAGAGUCCAGAAAAUAUAGAAAAAGAAACUUAUUUUGAUAAAGAAAUAAUAAAUCAAAAUCUUAAAAUAGAAAUGAAAUCCAAAGAUGACGAGGAAGAUAUAUUAAAAUCUUCUGAUGAGAAAAUUGCUACUUCUUCUGUUCAUGAGGGUACAUAUGAAAAUGCUGAUGAAACUAAGGAAGAAGUAUUUAAUAAAAGUUUGAAAGAAGAGUUUGAUGAUAGCGUAGUUGUAGAUCAAACUUUAGAAGAAGAUAAUAAAAGUGAUGAAGAAGAAGUUGCCGAAGAAACACCAAAAAAGAAAGGUAGACCUGGACGGAAAAAGGGAAAAAGAGGAAGAGCUAAAAAAAUUACCACAGUCAAUCAAGAAAAUAAAAGCAUUACAGAAGAAAAAGUUAAACGACCAUACAAACCUCGUCAAAAGAAAGUUGUCACUAUAUCAGAAGAAGUGACAGUGUUCCCUGAGCCAGCUGGUGAUGACAAUGUACGUAGAUCAAGGCGUAUUGCUGAAAUAAAAAUAAAAGAACAAUUUAUUCCUGCUACACAAUAUGAUGAUAUUGAUAUACCAUUAAAAAGUCCAAAGAAAAAAGAUAAAGGUGGAAAAAAGGGGUCAACACCUUCCAAAAAAUUGGAAAAUGCAGAAGAAUCUGAUGAUGAAGAUGAAGAAGAUCCUAUUUCUAAAAAGUUCAAAAAAAAAAGAAGGAAAGGAAAGUCUGAUUCUUUGAAAAAAAUAAAUAUGGUAAAUCCUUGGAAUGUUGAUUCUGAAUCUAGUUCUUCUGAAAACAAUCUAGAAUUAUUUGAAGACUAUGAUCAUGAAGAAGAGGAAGAAAUUCCUAGACCGGGAAUUGAACCUAACAUUUCAGACCAUGAGUUUUCCCCUGAAUCAGAUAUUAAUGACGAAGAUGAAGAGUAUUUGCCUGAAAAAAGAGCGCGAACUGCUCAUAAAAAAGAUGAAGGAGAACCCUUAAAAGAUGACAUGUGUCAAAAAUGUAACAAAAGUGAUCAACCUGAAUGGAUUUUGUUAUGUGAUACCUGCAAUCAAGGAUGGCAUGCAUCUUGUCUCCGCCCUCCACUUAUGGUGAUUCCUGAUGGUGACUGGUACUGUCCACCAUGUCGUCAUCAAGCUUUGUUGAAUGCAUUAAAAGAAACUUUAAAAAAAUAUGAUGGAGAAUCUAAAAAACGAGAAAAUGAAGAAUUGAGACGUAAACGGUUGGCCUAUGUUGGAAUAAGUCUUCAAAAUGUUAUAUCAUCAAAAACGGAAGAAGUUAAAUCUGAAAAAUCACCUGUAGUACAUCAGUCUUCUGAAGAUGAAGAAGAAGAAUCAGAAUCAGAAGAUUAUGAUUCAGAACCAUUAUAUACUUUAAGAGCUAGGCGACAAGCUAAUGUCAGCUACCGUUUUAAUGAUUAUGAUGACAUGAUCAAUGAAGCAAUUUUAGAAGAGACUGGUGUUGAUGAAUCUGCAGCAAAAAAAUCAGCUGAAAUAAAAACAGAUAAAAAUGAUAAUGACGAAAAGAAUGACUCUGAUAACAAUGAAAACGAUAAUGAUAGAGAGGAUUCACCUAUUGCACCUGCUCUGUUACAUUUAAGAGGGCGAAAAAAAUCAAAAAAGCUCACAAAUCUAGAUAUUAGUUCAGACGAUGGUUCAGAUGAAGAUUUUAAAGGGCCUUCAGAUGGGGACGAUGAUUAUGAGGAAGAUUUAAGUGAGUAUAGCGAUGAUUCUGUUAAAAGACGGCCACAACCAACAAGACGAUCUGUGCGAAAUCGUAAAAAUGUUGUUGAUCCCGACUUUAUUAAUGAUGAUUCAAGUGAAGAGAGUGAUCAACGUUCUAAAAAAAAAAGGUCAAGACCUUGGUCAGAUUCAUCAAAUAGUGAAGAAGAAGACUUAACAUGGGGAAAAAAGAAAAAGAAACGUAGUAAUACGUACCCUUCUUCGUCAUUAUCAUCCAAACCAGCUGCCAAAGGAUCUAAAAGAAAACGUGGUGAAAAUGAUGGUGCUCGAAAAUUUAAAAAAUCUACGAUCAAGUUUGGUAUGAAUUCAGAUUCAGACUCAGACGACCAACCCAAAAGAAGAACAAGAGGACGACAGAUAACUUACGCUGAAUCCGACGAUUCAGAAGAGGAAGUCCAAACCAAAAAGCGUAAAGUAGCAAGUGAUGAAGAAGACGAAUACGUCUUGAACGAUGAAGAACUAGAAGUUGAGAACGAAGACCAUACCUUGGAAGUGGAAGAAGACGACGCGGUGGCCAGUAACGAUGAAAAGGACGAUGAUGAUAUUGGUGAAGAUGAAGUUGUAGAAGAGGAAGAAGAGGAUGAGGAUGAAGAGGAAAAAGUUGACCCAAAAUUGGAAAUAUCCUCACCAGCUCCAUCUUCAAGUCACAUCGCACAUCAAACUGUCACAAAACUUCCGCCUCCACCUAUUGGUGUACAAUCGGUGAUCAGGGAACCGGUAUCAUCAUCAUCAUCUGAUCCGGUGGUCGCUGAACCACAUACAAACCUUCGAUUCUUGCCACCAGUUGCUGUCCAGCGACUAGACAAACAAGAUUCGUCGUCAGUUAUAGACCCAGGACAUGGAUCUCCAGACAAGCGCAAGCGGCCCCAGCAUCAGCAAAAAAAGUGUCCAUCACCCAACCCUUUGGUGGACUAUGGGGGAGGUGCAGGAUAUCCUUAUGCACCAGAUGCCACUAAAGUAACAGUAUCUGUUCCACCAUCACCCACAUAUAAUAGACCACCUGUGGCCGUGUCUGCAGCUGCAGGGGUGUUCAAGACAGUGGUACCGCGAACUGCUGGUGAUAUGAGUUUUUCUGUAAUGCCUGCCCCAUAUCGGACAGCGGCCAAUAAAAUUACUGGGCCAGCCGCUUACCUUACACCACCACCUCAAGUACAACAAAUAUAUCAGGCACCAACAUCUACCCCACCUCCACCUCAGCCUCAGCAGUCAUCGACUAGUUAUUCACCAUAUCCAAUUGAUUACGCUGGAACCGGAGCAUCGCUUCCACCCCCACCACCCUUGAUUCCAUACCGAAAUGUGGUCGUAGCUCCGCCACUGCAUGAACAUACUCUGCUGCCCAGUACAGCACAUCAGCAGCAGCAAUCAACCACGGCAGGUGGGGACAGUGAAUUUGGCGGGCUCGUUUCAUAUUUUUCCAGUCAACAAGAAGACGAUUUUGACACAUGAUGAUCUCGUCCAUCACCGCCACAUUAUUACUAUUAUUAUUAUUAUUAUUAUUGUAAUUAUUUCUAUUCCUUUUUUUCUGUUUGUUCCCUCUAUCCCACCACAACAUAACGUAUCUUACUGUUCUGUUCUAGUUUUAGAAACACGACUGCUUACAGUUUAUUUUUAUUAUUCAUUUGGAAUUAUUUUAUUUUUAUUUCACCAUAACGUAGAAUUUUGCUUUUGAGUCAAGAUAAAUAAUUCUUAAAUCAAUUAAUUGGUUGUGUGCGCAACUUUUUUAUUGUCAAUAAUAGAGUAAGCCAACCACUGUAAUUGACUUACCUUAUUACUGACAUUAAAAACACACAUAUUGACAUUAAAUUACUAAUAAUUAUAAUCAUCAUAAUCAAAAUCUAUCAUCAUUAGUCUUUAUUCCAUGUUAAAAUACGUAUCAAGAAGAAACCCAAAGAUUAUUCACUAUAAACCAUCAACAUGGCUAGCUCUUUCUAUUAUUUAUUACUAAAUCUAACUUUAUCUUGUAUUUUCAAUGGUAAUUAAAAAACAAAUUAUUACCUUACGUAUUUAAUGAGGCCAUAAAAUGAAUGUAUAACUGAUAAGAGCUCUUAAUGUUAAAAAUGAAGAUCUGAAUGUAUAUUAUAACGAACAAUUUAUUUUGUACCAAUUUUGUUUAAGUUAAAUAUUUGAUAAUAUGUUUUUAUUUUUGAACAAUAUUUACUUAAAUUACCAAAACGCGUUUUAUUGCUACGCUAUUAUUCUCAUAUUGAAAAACUAAAUUUAUUUAAUAUUUGAAUUGCCCCACCACUGUGGUUAUCACUCACAUUGGAAAAAAAAUCACAGUGAAAAACCUGUGUGUAAUAUUUAAUGUACAAAUUUAAAAAUAAUUAUUGAAGUUUAAGUUGUAGUGAAAAUAUUCUGAUUUUUUAUGUUUGUCAAUAUCUAGAAUGUUAUUUGUACGAAAAUUGUACAAUUUUACUUUCAUAAUUUUAAUACAUUAUAGAUUUUUAUU